UACAUUUAACUUAUUGUAACAAAUUAUUUUAGCAGUUGUCUGUUAAAUCAAUAAUAAAAGUCAGUGCUAGAGAGUGGCAUUCCAUUUUCAAUUUCCAACCAGUAUUUUAAUUUAUGUUGAUGAUUAUGAUUUGAUUUCUUCAUCAUGAGUUGUGAAUAUUUGGUGGGAAAGUUAACUUUUCCACGACUAUGUUUGCGAGUCAAAUCAACUGCAUUGGAUGCCCACGCUCCAAAAUAAGACACACAGAUUGUGCCUCAAAGUUGGUUGGAUAUUAGAUAUUAUGAUUUUAAUUUUCUAGAACACCAUUUUCCUCAAACUCGUCGCCUCCGAACUUUCACUUUCAGUGAUUUUUGAAACAAAAAGAUUGCAAAAAGUUCCAUAUCUCUGUUGGGUCUGCCUCAAAUCUGCAAUUUCCAUGCGUGUGGAGCCGUAAGCUUGUUCUGCAUAAUUGGAUAAUUCUGCUGGGAGCAUCCAUCUCAAACAGUGGAAUACUAAUAGGAGCAUGGCUCAGAGGCAGGAAGUGAUAAAAGGUGGAGAAGGAUCCAUCAAGCUAGGCACCACUGGAACAAUCAGUUCCUUAAUGACAAGGGAAUUGGAUCACAUAUCUUCUGCACCAAAGAAGCAGGUACCUUCAAGAAGUAAACCUCAAACACUUCCUGUCUCAGUUCCCUGUGGCAGCACAACUCAAAAAAGACUACAACCAAGAAAAUCAUCAGUUGAAGCCAGUAGCAGUGGAAGCAGUAAAAACACAAACCGUAGAGGCCCUGGCAAUGGCAUGCCCCAGAAAACAAAAACCAAUGGCAGAAAUACGCAGAGAAUACCCAUGCUAGGUUCUGAUAAAUGUUCAGUGGACAGAACACCAGUGAGGGACAAAAAUGAUAAAAAGAUACCCAACAUUGUUGAAAUUGUGGACAUAAAAUGUGGGAAUGCAGAUAAGGCUUGGGCUACACCCUUAGCAAGUCGUCUAAAGAAGCUUGGUUUUUCAAAGCUCUCAGAGAGCAUUAUCUAAACCUGAAAUUUUUGUGUCAGACUUCAGGUUCCUGUAACUGAAAGCUGAGGUCCCAUUUGGCCUACCACUGUCUGAUACAUCCACAAUAGAACACAUACUUGGUAAAAGCUUGCUACUUCCUCUCUUUUUCUUUGUAGUUUCUUCUACUGUAGGCACAAUUGUGGUUCUAGAACAUGUACUAGUGGAGGAACCCACCUCUGUGAUUUGUGACUUGUUCCUUUGUGACCUGUCUUGGGAAUUGGAAUCGAUCCUGCUGA